AGAUUUAAGAAAUCUAAGAAUAUUACCGGAUUCGACGAAAAAACCGCUAUUUUUUUAACUUAUAUUAUCCGAUUUAAUCUGACAGUAAACAGAUGUUUAUUUAGAAAAAUAUUAUUUUUAAUCUUAAAUCUUAGAUUUUAUAAUAUUAUAUUUAGUAAGAUAUAG